AUGGAAAUUGGUUACACAUCAGUCACUAUGCCCAAAAUGCUGAGAGAUUUAGUGUCUGAUGAUAAAAGAAUUCCUGUUUCUGCCUGUAUUGCUCAGCUAUAUUUCUUUUUUGUCUUGGGGGGUAUUGAAAAUUACUUUCUGGCAGUAAUGGCUUAUGAUCGAUAUCUGGCUAUUUGUAACCCUCUGAGAUAUACAACAAUAAUGAAUAACAGAUUUUGUCUUCAGUUAGCAGUGAUGUGUUGGCUUUCCAGCUUCACAAGUUCAAUAAUUCCUAUAUAUUUUUUAAGUAAAUUGUCCUUCUGUGGAAGAAAUAAGAUUGAUAACUUUUUCUGUGAUGCAUCCCCAAUUUUUAAUCUCUCUUGCACAGACACUUCACUUCUAAAAAACUACUUUUUUAUUCUUGUGUGGUUAGUUGUGUUCAGUUGUUUGUUCUUUAUUAUUUUAUCAUACAUUCAUAUAAUUUUAGUUAUUUUAAAGAUACCCACUAAUAAAGGUCGCAAAAAGGUGUUUUCUACAUGUGGAUCUCACUUCACUGUGGUCAUUAUGUAUUAUGGCUCGGUUAUAGCAAUGUACGUAAGGCCAGAUCAUGGAUACACUUUUGUAUUUGACAAAUGUCUUUCAGUAUUCUAUGCAAUCGUAACUCCAUUUUUAAAUCCCAUAAUUUAUAGCUUGAAGAACAAAAAUAUUAGAGAAGCUUUUUAUCGCAUUAUCAGAAAUUAUCAUUGUGGGAGGAAACUGGAGAACCCAGAUGAAACCCAUGCAAAUAUGGGGAAAACAUACAAGCUCCCUGCAAACAAUGUCCUUGGAUUUGAACAUAGGACCUUAAUUCUGAAAGACAGCAGUGCUAGCCACUGA